CGUUCACAAAAUAAAAAAAAAAAAAACUGAGGCACAUCCUGUUAUCGCACACCAUUUGGUGGUCGCUUCUUCUACUUUCUCACUUCUCUUCUUCUUCUUCAAAUCCUCUCUCGCUCUCGCUCUCGCUCUCGCUCUCUCUCUCUGUUAUUUGUCGUUUGAGAUGGCGGCGGCAUCAUUGUCAUGUCUUGUUGGGAGUAGUUUAUCUACGCCGAGUAAUAAAUUAACUCUUGCCAAGGGUGUAAAUGGGAGACAACUCUUCUUAUUUCAGAGACUUUCAUCAUUGAGUAUGGAGUCAAAAACAGUGCUUGUAAAGGCAUCCUUGGAUCAAAGGAAACAUGAAGGGAGAAGAAAGUUUCUGAAACUGUUGAAUGUGGGAGUUGGCUUACCUGCAUUAUUAGGAAAUGGGAAAGCUUAUGCGGAUGAGCAGGGGAUUUCUCCCUCCAAAAUGUCUUAUUCUCAGUUUCUUGAGUAUUUGGAUAAGGAUAGAGUUAAAAAAGUGGAUCUGUUUGAGAAUGGAACUAUAGCUAUUGUAGAGGCUCUUUCUCUUGAUAAUAGGGCGCUGCGAAUGCGAGUUCAACUUCCUGGACUUAGCCAAGAGCUCCUUCAGAAACUCAGGGAAAAGAACAUUGACUUUGCAGCUCAUAAUGCCCAAGAAGAGUCGGAUUCUCUGUUAUUUAACCUGAUUGGGAAUCUGGCUUUCCCUCUAAUCUUGAUUGGAGGAUUGUUCCUUUUGUCAAGACGAUCAUCAGGAGGGAUGGGAGGUCCUGGUGGGCCUGGCUUUCCUCUUGCUUUUGGUCAGUCUAAAGCCAAAUUUCAAAUGGAACCAAAUACUGGUGUGACAUUUGAUGAUGUUGCCGGGGUAGAUGAAGCCAAGCAGGAUUUUAUGGAGGUGGUGGAGUUUCUGAAGAAGCCUGAGAGGUUCACUGCUGUUGGAGCUCGCAUACCAAAAGGAGUUCUUCUUAUUGGUCCUCCAGGGACUGGGAAGACGCUAUUAGCCAAGGCUAUUGCUGGUGAAGCAGGUGUCCCAUUUUUCUCAAUCUCAGGUUCUGAGUUUGUUGAGAUGUUUGUUGGUAUUGGUGCUUCUCGAGUUCGUGAUUUAUUCAAGAAGGCCAAAGAGAAUGCUCCCUGCAUUGUUUUUGUUGAUGAAAUUGAUGCUGUUGGAAGGCAAAGAGGUGCUGGAAUUGGCGGAGGAAAUGAUGAAAGAGAACAGACCCUGAACCAACUUCUGACAGAAAUGGACGGGUUUGAGGGUAAUACUGGUAUCAUAGUCGUUGCAGCAACUAACAGGCCAGACAUUCUGGACUCUGCUUUAUUGCGACCAGGACGGUUUGAUAGACAAGUCUCAGUUGAUGUCCCAGAUAUACGGGGAAGGACUGAAAUCCUAAAGGUUCACGCGAGCAAUAAAAAGUUUGAUGCUGAUGUUUCUCUUGAGGUAAUUGCAAUGAGAACACCUGGUUUUAGUGGAGCUGAUCUUGCAAACCUCUUGAAUGAAGCUGCUAUAUUAGCUGGUCGGCGUGGAAAAACGGCAAUUGCAUCCAAAGAGAUCGAUGAUUCUAUUGAUAGGAUUGUUGCUGGAAUGGAAGGGACAGUGAUGACAGAUGGAAAGAGCAAAAGUCUAGUUGCAUAUCAUGAAGUUGGGCAUGCCAUUUGUGGAACUUUGACUCCCGGUCACGAUGCUGUACAAAAGGUAACCCUAGUUCCUCGUGGGCAAGCUCGGGGUCUUACUUGGUUUAUUCCUUCAGAUGACCCAACUCUGAUCUCCAAACAACAACUCUUUGCAAGAAUUGUUGGUGGACUAGGUGGCAGAGCAGCAGAGGAAAUUAUUUUUGGCGAGCCUGAGGUUACAACUGGAGCAGCUGGCGAUUUGCAGCAAAUAACCGGCUUGGCCAAACAGAUGGUAACCACGUUUGGAAUGUCUGAUAUUGGUCCUUGGUCACUUAUGGACACAUCAGCUCAGAGUGGUGAUGUCAUCAUGAGAAUGAUGGCAAGAAACUCGAUGUCAGAAAGGCUUGCCGAAGACAUUGAUGCUGCUGUCAAGAGGAUCUCAGAUGAAGCGUAUGAAAUCGCACUGAAGCAUAUAAGGAACAACCGUGAAGCCAUGGAUAAGAUUGUGGAGGUCUUACUGGAGAAGGAGACAAUGACUGGAGAUGAAUUCCGAGCUCUCCUGUCCGAGUUUGUUGAAAUUCCAGCUGAAAAUCGGGUCCCUCCUUCAACUCCCUCACCAGUUGCUGUUUGAAUAGCCUCUAUGUCACACUGUAAUGUAGUAUAUAGCUCUCUCCAUAUUCAAUUUUCUGAAGUUGUAAAAUAUUUGUAACAUAACCUUCACUCCAAAGUUUUUAAUGAGAAAAGAUCUAGCUUGUUAUUUUA